AUGCAUCCAAAGUUCCACGCUAGCUCCUCCUUCGUCACGUCUAUCUUUUUGCAGUAUCUCGCAAAUGCCGUCCGAGCUUGCUGGGGUGUUAUUGCGAGCGGCGCGAGGGAUUGCGGCGCACCGGAGUGGCAAGACGAGUCUGUCCCAACAGACGCAGACGACGGGGAGAGCAGCACCGUGGGCGACGACGUGGCGCGACACAUCGGAGACAACAAGGGGAUCCGACGUGAAAGAGCUAUCGACAUUGACGUUGACCCAGCCGAUUCCACCGAUGUCGACGUCAUCACCUCCGCGGCUACCGCGCUUUCGCUCGACGACACCGUGGAGAAUCGCACCGAGGACCUUGCCGAGGCGAUAGGCCGAAUCACUUUGGGCCCCGACCCCGCCCCCACCCCUCGGGGUGGGGGCACCCGCCCCUGUCGGGCACCGCUUGCGGCGCCUGGCAGGGGCACCCCCUGGAAAAGGGCUUCGAGCCCUGUCUCGCGCACGCCCCUGGCGGACGCCGCGGACCAGUUCCGCGAGCGCUCGUCAGCGGGUGGUGUGCGGUUCUUGCCGUAG